AUGUCAAAAGACAACAACAGCUACAACAUCAAUAGCAACAAUGAAAAUGCACCAUUAUUAAAUCCACCUCCACCAUCAUCGGCACAGGAAGGACAAUUAAGUGAUAAAACUAGGAGAAUUGCAGGUAUUGUAAUUGUUAUCCUUAUUGCUGUCCUCCAAACUGCUCUAUCUGAGAUAGGUCAAACUGCCCUAGUUGGUUUUAAUAAACCUUUUUUUGUCUGUUUAUCAGGAUCAAUGUUUGUAUUUUUAGCCAUUCCAAUUGAAUUAAUUGUCCUGAAAGCAGAAUUACACAAAAAAGCCAAAGAAAAUGAAGAAGCUAGUUACAAUCGUAGUAUCAAUGACCAAAAUGAAACCAAAGAUUUAUCCAUGAUCGAAGCUCUACGUGAAGAGUUUUCAAAUUUGUCAUUUACUUUUCUUUUAAUUAUUGUUAAUUGGAUGUUUAUGAUUGGUUUAACUAUGACUGUUGAUAAACCAACAGUUUUAAAAGUAGCAUAUGUUUUAUUGUUUGUUGCUGGAGUUGUUGGUAUUACUGUGGCCGAUCAAUUGACCGGUAGUGAUAGUUCACAAUACCCAAAUGCAGUCAAAGGUGAUAUCAUCAUGGUGGCAUCUGCUGUCUUGUGGGCCACCUAUGAAGUAUUUGUAAACAAGAUGUUUUCAAAGGCAACUAGAACCGUGUUAAACUUUUUCGUUGGUAUGAAUACUUUUAAUAUGCUCGUUGUCGGUAUUCCAAUAUUGGCCAUUCUCAAUGCAAUCAAAUUUGAAACCUUUGAAUUCCCAGACAAAGAAACUUUUGGUGCGCUUGCUUUAAUGGGUAGUCUUUCAUUUGCUCUUAUUUAUGUUAUGAAUAUUGGUUUAUCAAUUACAAGUCCAUUAUUUGUAAGAUCAGGUGAAUUAAUGUCAAUUCCAGGUACAUUGUUAUGGGACAUUGUAUUUAAACAUGUUAAAUUCCCAUUGGUUGCCAUUCCAGGUUUCUCUGCUAUUAUUUUCGGUUUCAUAUUAUCAUUGUAUGCCGAGAAUAAAGCUAUGAAGGAUCAUGAAGAAGCAACCAAAAAAGAACAAGAACAGCAACAAAACGAAGUAAUUCAAGAUGGUAAAAGUUAUAAAUCCUAUGACAAUUAUAUUUAA